CGAAAUUUGUUUACUUAUGCGAUCCCUCUGAUCCAGAGACUCAAUAUGAAUAAAUGCAACUCUCUCAAAAAAAAGUGGUUACUGCCAACAUACUAAAUAAGUAUGAAGCAAUUUCAAUGCAACACUAAUCAACGAUUCAAUUGUGCUAAAUUCCUAUACGCCCCAUUCACUUUUAAGUUAUUAUGAUAUAUAUAAAAUUGCAUCGAUUUUGUCAUAAAAUUUUAACAAUAUUCAUGGGAACAGUGGAAUUUUAAUACGUUCUGUAAAUGCGUGGUUAUGUGGUUCUAAUUCGAGCACCCUUGAAAUGACAAUCAAUUUAUAAUUUAAUUGCAACAUGCCGAGAAAUAUAGCUACAAAGAGAGCUGCUUCCAAAACAAAUACAUGCGUAAAUUCAUCUUCGAAUACAAAUGGGCACUCAGAUAGUAAAAAGGUCAAGAAACUAGAAGGUUCCACGGCAGUAUCAUCGGAAAAAGUGUGUCACAGGAAGUCGCAACGCCGGAGAAUAGCAAGAGAUAUUUUUUUGGUGUUUGAAGAGCAGCCAAGUACUCGACGUUCUCGCGGUUCGACAAAAAAACCAUUAAAACCAAAGUUUGGCCACUUGAAGAUAGGAGAAACAGUUAGAUCGAAAGGUCUGCUACGCGAUAUUAAAAAUGAAACAAAAUGCAGUGUAAAGAGCAAAAUAUGCAACUCAAGUUCUUCAAAAAGCAUCAAGGGUGAAAAGCUAUGUGUAUCUUCUUCGAUCGGUAAUGAAUGCUCCGUGAAUAUAACUAAAAUUGCGGAAGUGAAACGUGAUAUGUCCCCAGUCUCACAUUUAUCAGGUAACGUCCCUAUUGCGAAAAUAAACCCAAUUUUUUUGUGGGUGAAACAGGACGAUACGCGAAUUGUAGAAGUUCGCUGUGAGGAUUAUGAUAAACGUAAUCGAAUUCGAAUUACUAAGACGUCGAACGGAUGGCGAGCAAUUCCGUGUACUGAUCCAAAUUCGUCUAAAAUUGUAAAACUGUACUCCACGCCAUUUUUAAAAGUAAAACGCGAAAUUUGUCAAGAAACGGUCCAGCAAAUAUACCAGGACCAUAAUUUGCCAGAGAAUUGCCUAAGUUCGAUGAACUUCAGGGAGGUUGCCGAGAAUGACUUUGAUGUGAAAUCCAGUACGGUUGCAAUUAAGGACAUAAAUAAAAAGAAAAAAUCGAAGAAGCAGAAAAAAAGGAAAAACAAAAAAAUGUGUUUAUAUGAUAACUCUAUUAAGAUUCAGAGGCUUUCAUCAGUUGAAUUAUCCCAAACUGCCUCUGAAGCAGUUACAAUAGGGUGUGAUAUUGACACGACAUCCCAAAUCAACCUGUUCGAGGAAAACGUCGAGAAAAUCUCUGAUUUGCCACAAUGCUCUGAGACUUAUUGUAGUGAGACAGACUUCGAUAUAGCUUCAGAUAAAAUUUUGAAUUCCAUAACAAAUUCGCUCUCAAAACAGACGCUGGACGUCGCACCCGCGGAGACAUAUCAAGAAGAAGCUGGUCUAAAACCUAAUUUGCAGUUGUGUCCAAAAACAGGCUUAUUUUUACCAAUCAACCAGAGUCUGACAAACAAGUUAGAAGAGAAUCAUGGUUUUGACAUGAUUGACAGCACAUGCAGCACAGUUUUAUUGGUACCAGAAAAUUCAGACGCUAACCAUCAAGAUUCUUUAGUACUAGAUAUUUUGGAGAAUACGUUACGGGGUGUAGAGAGCAAAAGAAUUUCAGAAGAUAUCGCAGAGAGUCUUGAAGCUAAAACAAAAAAUUUAAAAGAUUUGUUGGACGAUGCUGAUCUUCUACAGCACUGCGACGAUAAUGCCAGCAGUGACGCCGAACUCAUAGAUUCUUUAAUGAAAACCAGUUGUGAAAAGAACUUGAUCGACGAUAGCGAAAUUUUAAAAAACAAAACAGAAAUGAAGAUUCAACAGCCCGAAGAAGCAAUUUCCACCGUGGAUGAGACUCCUAAGUGUCUAUCGUUUAAUGAAGCUGGAGAAAUUGAGGGCAUCAGUGACCUUUUCCAAGCGAACAACUGCAUAGAAUCAUUUGGUAAACAGGCAGAAAGUAAUCAAACAAGGAUUCAACAAGCAGAGUCCAAUUCUUGUGAAACGAUGCCACUGAUAGGUGCGUUAAAUGCAAUCAGCAACUCUCCUAAAGAUUUGAGUUACAAAAAACGUGAAGAAGUCUGUCCGCCGUCCGAAUCGCGAAGUCAGUGUGCGGUUACGUCUAGUUCAGAUGUUAUAAAAUCACCACGAACAGAUGAUGAAUCUCUAUUGGCAUCAACGUCUGUGUCCCUUAAAAAUCUACUUUUCGAACAAUUCAUGAACUUGAAUACUUUAACGCAUUCACAAAACGAGCCUAUCGAUUUAGGAAAGCAGAGAUUAAAUACAAAUAAUAAUGUGUUAAAUAGUUUAAUAGAUACUGUUGUAAUAGAGGAAGAUGAUGACAAUGAGCCAGCAAGCAAACGAUUUCGAAGCUUACUUAAUGGCGAUGUUAAGGGAAUGGGAACAAUGAGCGAUGAAGAUCCAGAUCCAUAUACUCAACUUCAAUUGCUGUUACGAAAUUCUCAAUGGAAAGUGCCAGAUCCGAUUCUUGUGCCAAAGGAUCGUUUGGGUGCUGUAUUAGCCUCACCUGCUCGGGAAAUUCCACUCCUGAUAACAACUCGUCCAGAACUCAGAUUGCCAGAAGCUUUUGCAUAUCCUGAAAUAAUUCAAAAUCCGAAUAUUUUAGUUAUUUCAAUGGCCCAACUAGAAGCUAUACUUAAGAAUGAAGCGGAAGUUGAAAAGACUAGAGCAAUAAGCACAGGACAAUCAUCAUCAUUAAAUACAUCACAACAACACCAAUCUGUGCCCUUUAAAACAAUAAAUGAAAUAAGUAAAUUUAAUUGCCAAACACCUCAAAUUCCCGCUCAAACUAACAAUGUUAUUGUAAAUGAUGAUAUCUCAUCCAAAACGGUGAACAAGAAAUGCGUCCAUGUGGACUCAAACUUGGCAUCCGGUAUAAAUGCUGCAACUUUGGCGGUGCUGAAUCAAGUCUUCUGGCUUCCUUAUUUUGGGCAAAUAUCGCAAGACCUGAUCAGUUCUUUGGAAAAACCGUUAGCAAUGCAACAACAACUUCCAAGUUUUUUACCAUUUUAUAAUUCCCAAAUGGAGUUACAACAUCUGGAAGAAGUCUAUAGAAAUUAUUUAAAACAAAUUUCGCAAAUUACGAAUGCUGGCAACGGCGUGGUCCAUUUAAAAGCAGAAAAUGCGCAUGAAAAUACCCAAGGUUUGAAAAAUGUUUCCCAAACGCAUUGUCAAAGUGCUUUAAAUUCAAAUGAAAAACAACUGCGCCCGUUAAGUUAUUCCACGCAAGCCAGGCAGAAUAGCGAUUCGGUUAGUUUUAAAAACCAGAAAAGGCCUAAAAAUGUACUCUCAUGUGAUAUGCUUUCAAAAUCCACGAUGCCCUUAAACGCUGUUGAGAAAAGUCCGUUUGAGAUUGAUGGAGCGGACAAGCUUUGUAAUGCAAAAGAUAUAAAUUCAAGUCGCCGUAAAACGCAAAUAAAGCAAGGGGUGAAUUCUCAAAAAGACAUUUCCGAAAACAAGCCCCGAUUAACAUGUAAAUCACUUGCACAUUUAUUGGAUCCUGGUCACAAGCAACAAAAUAGCUUCUUGUCAUCGUGUGAAAAUGCUACUACUUCAGAAGCAAUAGGACUUCAAAAAUCGGGCAAUAAAUUUCGACCUUUCGUGGCAACAAAUAAAAAUGUAUACGGAGCAGCGGACUUGAAUGAAUUGGCGCAGUCUAGCCUCAGGGUAAAUUCGGACGUUAUAAACGAUACCAAACACCAAAGAGGUAAUACUAAUGUAAACUCAGAUUUAAUCCAUCAAUCACGGUCUAUUGAUGGCGGUGGAAAUAUGGAUGCGGGUACACCGCUAUGGCAUCCUCUAUUUGGAAGUACUUCAAAACCUGGAUAUUGCAGUCCAUGGCAGUGGACCACUGUAACGGCAACCGGUGAAUGACAAUCAAGGGCUCUUAGUGGGCCCACAUUUAAUAAUAACAAUGAGCUGGUCGACUUUUAUGUCAAAGAUAGCCACAAUUGCAACAGAAGCAACGACAACUUCAUUACCAACAAAACAAAAACCUCCUCAAAUAUAACAGUAAAUGCCAAUAGUAAAUGUGUGAAUGCUAUACCUGAAACAGAAUCACAGUAUUCGUAUCCUUAUGAGAGUAUGUAUCAAAAGCAGAUCACACAUGAAUCAGCACCGACCACAGAAGAGUUACAACCCACAAUGUACCCCUAUAAAGAAUUAGAUAAAAAUUUAUAUAAUACAAAUAAUUGGAGCCAAAAUCAACAGCAAAAUUAUCCGUGGACAACAAGCAAUAACGCCAAUGAUGUCUUAUAUUCUUCAUGCUCAAAUCGAAAUCAAGAAUUUCAAAAUAUUUCACCAUUUUAUAUGCGAUUUAAUACCUAUCUGCCACAAACAAAUUUCCAAUAACCGAUAGUACGAUUUUGAGAAAAUCAUUACUAACCGCCGACAGUAAUGAAGAGGUUUUGUUCUUUGUUAUUUAUAUUUAUUUCUUUUUAAUCAAUUUUUUGUUGUUUUUUUAUUUUUAUUUUUUAUAUAAGUCGAUGAAACGUGGUUACCAUUCUUCCAUUAAAUUAACGCCUUCAACACAACCAUAUAUAAGUAGUAAUAUUAUCACCUAAACGCGAAAUGUUGGAAUACUUGCAAGUUCUAAUAGAGGAAACCGUAAUUUCAUAUUCUUAAAAUAGAAAUUACUUUAUAAUUAAUUAGUGCACAAAAUUGCAUAUUAUCAACAUCUAGAGUCAGAUGACAGACUGUUUCAAAGCGAAGACUUUUUGCUAACACGAAUCUAUAUAUAUAUAUAUAUAUAUAUGAGACUCACGUUACCUUGGAUAAGCUAACUAAUUUCUGAUUUCGUAACACUAGUUUGCUUAUUCGGUUGUUAACGUAAGUCGAAAAUUCUUUAUGAAUAAGAAACUUUCAAAGUAACAAGUUUACAAAGGGAACAAAAGAGUAGUAAUCAUGAGAAAUGUGAGAAAUGUGGACAACUUUCGAUGACGAAUUGAUUACGAAAGUUUCGCAUCAAUCAAUCAAUCAAUCAAUCAAUAAAACUUUCUGAUGCCGCAAAAAGCAUAACGAAGUUACGCUCACUGGUACGGCAGAUAUUGUUUAUUUAUUUUAAUUUUUAAUUUAAUUUCUUUCGCUGUGUGAGAACGUAUGACGUAUACAAACACAAAAUUCAUUCAUAUACACAUAGAUAUUGUAAUUUUCCACUUUCCUAAAAUUUGUGUUUUUUGCUUUUAUAUAAAAUUUUCACAUCCGAUGGUUAUAUAUAGUAAGUUUGUCGAUAUGUAAAGCGCAUAUAUUUUUGAUUAAUCUAAAAUUCUUAUUCGAUUUAACUGCCCUCGUUUAUCUUCUGACACUUUAAAAACUAUCAAAAAUUGAAAUUUGUAUACCGCAGUAGUA